AUGCCUAGUGCCUCGUUUUCCUCUUCGCGUUCUUACGUCCGCAGAUCGCGAAGAAAAGGCGGACACAGAAUACCACUACCAUCCAGGACUCAAUCAAGUGAGCCAUGUGAAUCUGUACCUUGCCCGAACAACGUGACAGGCAGCGCGAUGGCGGCCACCGCGUGCGCCGGCCCCAGUGGCAGCGGCGGUGGCGGCUCGCCCCCGGUGCCGGCCGCCGCCGCCGCCACCACCGCCGGCCACCACAGCCCCUACGACCUGCGCAGGAAGUCGCCGCCCGCCUACCACGAGCCGGGCCCCUCCGGCGCUUGCUCUCUGCCCGCGCGGAAAAGACCACGCACUUCGCUGUCCCAGGGCGUGGACGUGUGCAACGUGUCGCAGUAUCUGCAGUACGAGCUGCCCGACGAGGUGCUGCUCUGCAUACUGUCGCACCUCACCGAGCGCGACCUCUGCCGCGUGGCGCAGGUCUGCAAGCGGUUCAACACGAUCGCCAACGACACGGAGCUGUGGAAGAGCCUGUACCAGUCGGUGUUUGAGUACGACGCGCCGCUGAUGCACCCGGCGUCGUGCCAGUUCGACUUCGUUGCGCCCGAGGACUGCGACGCGGACAACCCGUGGAAGGACAGCUUCAGGCAGCUGUACUACGGCAUCCACGUGCGCCCCAGCUACCGGCCCAGGCGGGAGACGCGGAUCAAGUUCUUCAACACCAUACGGUCGGCGCUCGAGUACGUGGAGGAGCACGCGGGCGCGGCGUGCGGUGCGGGGGGCGGCGCGUGCGGCUGCGGCCCCAGCGCGUGCACGUGCCGGCGCGGCGCGCAGCAGCCGGCGCUGCUCUUCGUGCACGCGGGCCUCUACCAGGAGGAGUGCCUCGCGAUCGACACGGACGUCCAGCUCAUCGGUUGUGCCCCCGGCAACGUGGCGGAGUCAGUAGUGCUGGAGCGCGAGGCCGAGUCGACGCUGACGUUCGCCGAAGGCGCCAACCGCGCCUACGCCGGCCACAUGACGCUCAAGUUCUCGCCAGACGCCACCAGCACCAUGCAGCAUCACAAGCACUACUGCCUCGAGGUCUCCGACAACUGCUCGCCGACCGUCGACCACUGCAUCAUACGGAGCGCCAGCGUCGUGGGCGCGGCGGUGUGCGUGAGCGGCGCAGGCGCCAACCCGGUCAUCAAGCACUGCGACAUAAGCGACUGCGAGAACGUGGGCCUCUACGUGACCGACUAUGCGCAGGGCGCGUACCAGGACAACGAGAUCUCGCGCAACGCCCUCGCCGGCAUAUGGGUGAAGAACUUCGCCAAUCCGAUCAUGCGACGCAACCACAUACACCACGGCCGCGACGUCGGAAUAUUCACCUUCGAGAAUGGCCUGGGCUACUUCGAAGCGAACGACAUCCACAACAACCGGAUAGCCGGUUUCGAAGUGAAGGCCGGCGCGAACCCCACCGUGGUGCACUGCGAGAUCCACCACGGUCAGACCGGCGGCAUUUACGUGCACGAGUCGGGCCUCGGCCAGUUCAUAGACAAUAAGAUACACUCGAACAACUUCGCCGGCGUAUGGAUCACGUCGAACAGCAACCCGACCAUACGGCGCAACGAGAUCUACAACGGCCACCAGGGCGGCGUCUACAUAUUCGGCGAGGGCCGCGGCCUGAUCGAGCACAACAACAUAUACGGGAACGCUCUCGCCGGCAUUCAGAUUCGCACAAAUAGCGACCCGAUCGUGAGACACAACAAGAUCCAUCACGGACAGCACGGCGGCAUAUACGUCCACGAGAAGGGCCAGGGCCUGAUCGAAGAGAAUGAGGUGUACGCGAACACGCUGGCCGGCGUUUGGAUCACGACCGGCUCCACUCCAGUCCUGCGCAGGAACCGCAUACACUCGGGGAAGCAGGUGGGCGUUUAUUUCUACGACAAUGGGCACGGCAAACUGGAGGACAACGACAUUUUCAACCACCUAUACUCGGGCGUGCAGAUCCGUACCGGCAGUAAUCCGGUGAUCCGCGGCAACAAGAUAUGGGGCGGACAAAAUGGCGGCGUCCUCGUCUACAACGGCGGGCUGGGCCUGCUCGAACAGAAUGAGAUAUUCGAUAACGCCAUGGCCGGCGUCUGGAUAAAGACUGAUUCCAACCCCACAUUGAAAAGAAACAAAAUUUUUGACGGGCGAGACGGCGGCAUUUGCAUUUUUAACGGAGGAAAGGGUGUGUUGGAGGAGAACGACAUAUUCCGCAACGCACAAGCGGGCGUUUUAAUCUCAACUCAAAGCCAUCCAGUAUUACGUCGCAAUCGUAUAUUCGACGGACUCGCCGCCGGUGUCGAAAUCACCAACAACGCCACGGCGACCCUCGAGCACAACCAGAUUUUCAAUAACAGAUUCGGAGGCCUCUGCCUGGCAUCCGGAGUGUCGCCGCUGGUUCGGGGCAAUAAAAUAUUCAGCAAUCAGGACGCCGUGGAAAAAGCUGUUGGCGGCGGGCAGUGCCUAUACAAGAUAUCGUCAUACACCUCAUUUCCAAUGCAUGAUUUCUACAGAUGCCAGACAUGCAACACGACAGACCGUAAUGCAAUUUGUGUUAAUUGCAUUAAAACAUGCCAUUCAGGACAUGAUGUAGAAUUUAUACGCCAUGACAGAUUCUUCUGCGACUGCGGUGCGGGGACGCUGUCCAACCAGUGCCAGCUGCAGGGCGAGCCCACCCAAGACACGGACACGCUGUACGACUCGGCCGCGCCUAUGGAGUCGCACACGCUGAUGGUGAAC